AUGGGUUUCAAGCGCCGUCGCGAACCUCACAAUGUCGAUGUGAAGCUGGUGGAGCUUUACGAAGACCUCGCCAGCGAGAAAGAUGACAUCCGGUUGAAGGCCGCUCAGGGGCUCGUCUCUCAAUUCACUCCGGAUAAAAACCCCGCCGACGAACAGAUCAAGAAGGUGCUCUCGCGACUCUUCCGUGGUCUCUGCAGUAGCCGCAAAGCCGCCCGCAUUGGCUUCUCGAUCGCCUUGACCGAGAUUCUUACACAGGUUUUCACUUCACCAAGGGAGACGUCGCGAUUCGGCUUUGCAGAUGCUCUCAAAUUGUGGGAGUCCCAGUCAAACUCAUCUGGCAGUGAAUCAGGACAGGAACAACGCGAUCACCUCUUCGGUCGGCUAUUCGGCGCCGAAGCCGUUAUCAAAUCCUCCGUCCUCUUCCAGCCCACAGUGCCCUUCGAGCACUGGUCACAGGUCAUCGAUCUCGUUUUUGAGCUCGCACAGAAGAAGCCAUGGAUCCGCGAGGAAUGUGGCUGGAUUAUCUACCAGUGCAUUUAUGACCUCGCCGGCCGCAAAAUGGACAACAAGUAUGUUGAGGUGGCACUCGAACGUCUUUGCUCACACGACUUGGCACGGUCGCCCGAGGGAAUCUCCAUCUGGCUGGCCGCGAAGGACAUGUUUCCCGAAGCCACUUUCCCAAGCAAGGUUUGGAAACACGAUGACCCCCUCGAUACGAAGGAGCGCAGCAGCCUGUCGAAGAUUAUGAAGGAGUCGGGUGCUGGAGCAAGUGAGAGCGAGAACAAGACAAAUGCCGCCAAGUCUUCUGGUGUUUGGAACUCCAAGCUUCACUUCGCUUGGGACGCCGUUUUGUCGCGAACUAGCCUCGAGUCGAAGGAGAAAUCAAAGAAGUCUCGCCUGAGCUUCGCCGAUUUCUGGGUCGAGGUUGUGGACAAUGGACUUUUCGCAGCUGCUUCAUCCGAUGAGCGUAAAUACUGGGGCUUCCUCCUUUUCUCAAGACUCAUCAACGAUGGCGCUGCCCAACAGGCCUCUCACACGUUCACCAAGAAUCUCAUGCGCUGCUUGGCCAACCAACUGGCUGUGGAGGACCGGUACCUCCACCGCAUGGCUGUCAAGGCAGCCAAGGCUAUCCAAACCCGUGUUUCCAGGGAGCCCGAAUUUGCAGCAGUGGCUAUCCGCGGCUUGAUGGGAACCAGUGGCACACUCAACUUUGACCAGGCUACCAAGACGAAGACUGUUGAGAAGAUUGUGGCUGAAGCCAACCAUGAGGCUUUGGAAGAGAUUGUGCCCUUCUUUGAGAAGCUCAUCCAGAACCCUGGAACCACAGACGAGAAAACCUCUGCGACCAACCGUCAGUUCGUUGCUGGCCUUCUCCUCUCAAUCGUGCGCUCAAAAGCAUCUGCCACCGAAGGUGAUUCCGAGAAUCUGCAGGCAAGCCUUGAACAAAUUCUGUCGGUUUUUGUUCGCUUCGCGUACUUCAUGGAUACCGGCAAGGGACCGUCUGCCCCCGAGCCCGCCCUCUCAUCGGCAACACAAGAGAUGCUGCGCAACCGCAUCAACUCUUGCCUGAACAGCCUCAUCUCAAACCAAAAGUUCGCCGCGACUCUGCCCUACGCCGUGGUCAAGCAGAUUCGUGAUGGAGCCAAGUCCGGCGAGUACGGAAAGUUCAUCAUUGAAAUUGAUGACAAACUCCAGGAUUCUGUCAAGGCUGCUUUCAAGUCCCUCAAGAAGCUUUCCGGAAAGGAAAAGAAAGAGAAGGGCAUGGCGGCAUUCAAGCUGCUUUACUCUCUGACUCUCAUGCAAGUUUACAACGGAGAUGCCGACGCAGUCUCCAUGCUCGACGAGUUGGAGUUCUGCACGACUAAGUUCCUUGGCGACAAGGAAACCAAAAAAGAGGACGCUGGCGACGCAUCAGAUGCCCUUGUUGAAAUUCUGCUUAGUUUCGCAUCCAAGCAAUCGCAGCUCUUCCGUCGUAUGAGCGAGCAAGUCUUUGGCGCAUUCGCUACUCAGAUCACCGAGAAUGGAUUGGAAUCUCUAAUUUCAAUCCUUGAGGCCAAGGAGAGUCUCGCUGGACAACAAGAGAUGUUCGACGAGGAUGAUGGCGAAGGCGAGGAAGAGGAUGGCUCCGAUGCUGAGAUGAUGGAUGUCGAUGAGGACGAACUCGACAGUGAUGUCGAGGUCGUUGAAGCCGGCGAUGCGAAGUCAGACUCCGACUCCGACGAUGACGAAGAAGAGGAGGAAGAAGAAGACGAAGAAAACGCACAAGAAGUCGCCGCCUUCGAAGCCAAAUUAGCUGAAGCCCUUGGCCAGCACGGCGCCGACGGCGAAGGUGAAGACUCCGACGCAGACAUGAACGACGACGAAAUGGACGAGCUCGACGACAAAUUAGUGCAAGUGUUCAAGGCCCGCCAGCAACAAUCCUCCCAGCGCAAAGAUAAAAAGGAUGCUCGCGAGAACAUGGUCAACUUCAAGAACCGUGUUCUCGACCUCCUCGAAAUCUUCGUGAAAAAGAGCCACUCCCGCCUUUUGGCACUGGACCUCCUCCUUCCCCUCCUCCGCCUGUCACGCCGCUCAAGCGUGAAGCAAGUCGCGACGAAAGCAAACAACGUCCUUCGCGAGUACACCAAGGUGUGCAAGGGCAACGCGUUGCCCAAGAUUGAGGAUGAUGAACAGGCCGAAGCGCUCUGGGAGCUUUUGAAGUCUGUUCACAAGGAGGCCAGCCACAGUGGACCUAUGGGACACGCAAACGCUUGCAGCCAGGCUAGUUUGCUUGUUACUAAGGUUCUGGUUGCUCAUGACAAGGACGCUAUCGCCGGGGUGGUGGAUGUCUAUGCUGCCACUCGCAAGGACCAGCUUAUGAGUAAAAAGUGUCAUGUGCAGCCGUCGUUCUUCUCCGAGUGGAACAAUUGGUGUGUUUCUGCCAGCAAGCAGCUCAAAUGA